UGGACUUUCCUCUAUCUAUCUAUAAUCUAAUCCUAUGCUUGUUUUUCUUCAGAAAAACCCACCUUCCUUUGCCCUUUCUCUCUAACUUCUGGGUGGUUGCUUUGGUUAAUUACUUCUCUCCCUAUAUAUAUAUAUGGCUCAAAAUAGUCCCUCAUGGUCGAAACCCGAAAAACCUAAUACCAGUGGCAACACCAUGUAUCCACCACCACCGCCACCAGCCUCCUCCUCGUCCUCCUCCACUUCUUCGCCUCAGAGACCCACUAGUAUCGCUCCGGCCUCUGGUAGUGGGUUAACUCGAUUUGGGUCAGCCCCUGGUUCGUUUCUAACAAGAGCUGUUGAUUCUGUUAUAGGUACUACCACUAGUGGCCGUGAUUUCUCGGCUUUAGUUAAUAACAAUAGUAACAAUAACAAUAACAAUAGUCAUCAUCAGUACUUCUCCGCCGGUGAUUCUUCUUCUCUCACCACUGAGUCAACUUGCAAAGUCAACUCAUCUAACGACUUACGCGCGCCUGCUAAAAGUGGGUUGCAGAGAUCGUAUGGUUUUAAUGAAAUCAAUGGAUCUUUACUUCGACAGAAAAGCUCUCCUGCUGGCUUUCUUUCUCAUCAUCUUGCCAAUGAGAACGGUUUUUCAAUAACACCAGGAACUGGAGGAUAUAACUCUUCCAAUGGCCCAAAUGGUGGCCACACUGUAUCAAGGUUGAAAUCUCAAUUGAGCUUCACUAGACAGGAUUCUCUUUCUCAGAUAUCUGAAGUUAGUGAGGACAUUGUUGAAGGCAUCAACUCUAAUACUGGACAUCAUAAUUCACCUCAUUCUUAUUCUACUACUGGCUUUGGCAUGGGAUCCUGGGACGGUACCAACUCUAUUGUGUUUUCAGGACCGCCAAGCAAACGAAUGAAGAACAUAGAUGGAGACCUUUUUAACUGUCUCAAUGGCUUAGAAACUCAGUUUAGUUUGCCACAGACAAGUCUUGAGAUGGCAACAGUGGAGAAGCUACUAAAUAUUCCUGAAGAUUCGGUGCCCUGCAAAAUCCGUGCUAAACGUGGGUGUGCUACUCACCCUCGAAGCAUUGCUGAAAGGGAGAGAAGAACCAGAAUAAGUGGGAGGUUAAAGAAACUACAAGAUCUUGUUCCUAACAUGGAUAAGCAAACAAGCUAUGCAGACAUGUUGGAUUUGGCAGUGCAGCACAUCAAAGGCCUACAAGGAGAGGUUCAGAAACUGCACAAGGAAUUAGAAAAUUGUACUUGUGGAUGCAAACCAACUUCAUGACAUUUUUGGCUAACUGGGAGUCAUGAAACAAGUUUUUGAUCCAAGGAUUUUGAAGGCAAAGGGACUUGGUAAAUGCUAAUUGAUUGUCAGUGUACCAAGUUUAACUUAAUAAUGCAAAAGUAGAGAAGUAGAAACUCUCAACUGUACAUAAUGAAGUGAAAAACUGUUAAUCUAUAGUACAUGACAAAAAGAGUGUUUGUAAAAUGGUCUUCAGAAUUCUACUUCUCUGGGCAGUUUGUGAGGGUUUGUUUUUGGUUUUUGGAACUAUACCUGGCUUCCUUAGAAAUUAAUUCCAUGUAUUAUUCAUUGGUUGGUUCAUAUUA